AGUCACUUCCCUUCCUUCUUCUUUUUAAUCCUUUCUUCUUCUUCUUCUUCUUCACAAUCAUUAAUUUCAUUUAAUAUUAAUUGUUAUAUAUCCUCUUCACAAUCCCAAGUUAUUCUGUCACAGCACCAAGUUGGGGAUUGAAUAUCAUGGAUAGACUAAAAUCUUCUGCGCGUCUGAUGAUUGUUUCGGAUCUUGAUCACACUAUGGUUGAUCACCAUGACGCUGAGAAUAGUUCCCUUUUCAGGUUUAAUGCUCUUUGGGAAGGUCAUUAUCGCCAUGAUUCUCUGUUGGUUUUCUCAACCGGAAGAUCACCUACACUCUACAAACAAUUGAGGAAAGAGAAGCCCAUGAUAACCCCAGAUAUAGCUAUAAUGUCUGUGGGGACUGAGAUUACUUAUGGUAAAUCAAUGGUGCCGGAUGAAGGAUGGGUUCAGUUUUUGAACCAGAAAUGGGACAAGAACAUAGUCAUUGAGGAAACAAAAAAGUUUCCUGAACUUGCUCCUCAGGCAGAAACAGAACAACGACCACACAAAAUUAGCUUUUAUGUCAAGAAAGACAAGGCUCAGAAUGUGACAGAGGCUCUUUCUAAGGUUUUGGAAAAGCGUGGGUUGGAUGUUAAAAUAGUAUAUAGUGGAGGAAUUGAUUUGGAUAUAUUACCAAAAGGUGCUGGCAAAGGACAAGCUCUUGCCUAUCUGCUCAAAAAAUUUGAGGCUGAGGGAAAAAUGCCGGUUAAUACGCUUGUUUGUGGUGACUCUGGAAAUGAUGCUGAGCUAUUCAGCAUCCCAGGAGUCUAUGGUGUCAUGGUAAGCAACGCCCAAGAAGAAUUAUUGCAGUGGCAUGCAGCAAAUGCGAAAGAUAACCCCAAAAUUCUUCACGCCUCAGAGCGUUGUGCAUCUGGGAUUAUACAAGCCAUAGGUCAUUUCAAGUUAGGCCCAAACCUGUCCCCAAGAGAUGUUUCAGACAUUGAAAAAGAUGUUGCAAAUGCAUCUCCAGGUUAUGAGAUGGUGAAGUUAAGUUUGUUAAUGGAAAAGUGGAGGCGUGCAGAAGUUGAGAACAACGAGCUGUUUAUUGCUGGUGCAAAAGCAGCCACUCAUCCAUCCGGUGUUUUCAUCCAUCCUUCAGGUGUUGAUCAUCAUAUUAAGGAGUAUCUAAAUAUUUUGAGAAAGGUGUAUGGUGACAAACAGGGAAAACAGUAUAGGAUUUUGGUGGAUGAUGUAUUGACUACACAGAUAGGUUCAGAUACAUGGCUAGUGAAGUUUGAUAAGUGGGAGUUAUCUGGUGAAGAGCGGCAAGGUUGUGUGGUCACUGCCGUACUAAGCAAAAAGGAUUCCGAAUGGUUCACUUGGGUGCAUGUGCAUCAGACCUGGUUGGAACAAUCAGGGAAAGGAGAAUGGAUACUUUAGCUUGUUCCUAUAACUUAUCCAAGUGUCUUGUGAUCCCUUUUACAAUAAGUGUAAUGUAAUCCAAUGACAAACAAAUUUCUGCAUUUGAAUUUUUAAAGACCUUCUAUCAUGUGAAGGUGUCUCAUAUCAUAAGUAUUUUAUAUUUACUGUAAAUCUCCUGGUUGCAUAGCUUUCUUGAGAAUCAAAUUU